AACCUCUGAUGAAUAACUGUGCCAUUUUUUUGACAGCCUCCAUUUCUUCCUUCUCCAACUUGCUGCGCCACUCUUAAUAAAAUACAAUAAUGGAUCAGGAUCACCAUCACCAUCACCACCACCCGGACAACUGCCCAAAUUCCCCCGAAACACACUCUCCUCGAUCACCCUCCUCCGACACCAUUAACGUCCCGACCUGUUGCAAGUGCGGAGCCCCCACCGCCUUCGCUGCCCCACCCCCGUCGUGGUCGGAAGGCUCUCCGCCACCCAAUUACCGACCCAUCAGAGCCCCGGCCAUCAAUCUCCCUCCAAACAAUAACACCCAGCAAGCAAUCAUCCUCGCACCCGUCCCGCAAGCCCAGAAGGUUCCUGUCGUUACCCCACCUUUCCACUUCCAAACCCCAUCCAAGAGAAUCCAAUCUCCCGAUGAUAUCCGCCAUUUCCACGAUUCGGAUUCCGGGAAGAACUUCCUGGGCUUCGUCGUCGCGCUUUCGGAGUCGAUUCGCGGCCAUAAGAUCUCCGACCCAUGUCACCAAUCUUCCACCAUAGACACUCUGCUUUCCAUUCUCCAAACCCUAAUCCAAUGGGUCGACGAAAUCCCACCUGCCCAACUAGCCUCUCGCUACGGAAACGUCGCCUACAGGACAUGGCAUGCCCGUUUGGUGGAAAACAGCGAGGCCCUGAUGCUCCAAUUCCUUCCUGAUGAUCUCCAAUCCUCUACGAUCGAGAUUGUUCCGUACUUCACCGAUAGCUUCGGGAACUCGAGCCGUAUCGAUUUCGGUACGGGCCACGAGACCAAUUUCGCUGCGUGGUUGUAUUGCCUUGCGAGGAUGGGGGUGAUCAAGGAGGAAGAUUACCAUGCCGUGGUGGCCAGAGUGUUCGUGAAGUACUUGGAUUUGAUGAGGAAAUUGCAGUUGGUUUAUAGCUUGGAGCCAGCUGGGUCGCACGGCGUUUGGGGUCUGGACGACUACCAUUUUAUGCCUUUCAUAUUCGGUUCGUCGCAGUUGAUCGGCCACAAGUACAUGAAGCCCAAGUCGAUUCACAAUGAGGAUAUUUUGGAGAAUUUCUCGAACGAGUAUCUUUACCUAGCGGGAAUUUCGUUCAUAAGGAAGGUGAAGAAGGGUCCGUUUUCCGAGCACUCGCCGCUGCUAGAUGAUAUCAGUGGGGUACCUACAUGGAACAAAGUGAAUAGUGGGUUGCUUAAGAUGUAUAAAGUUGAGGUCUUGGAGAAAGUCCCCAUUAUGCAGCAUUUUCUCUUUGGCUGGCUCAUUAGAUGUUUACAUCUGCUGUUUGAAGUCAACUCGACUUAGAUCAUUCCUUUAUCUGGCUGAGCAGCUCUGCGGCUGUUUUGUGUUAGGAAAACAAUUUGCCUUAGCAGCCUCAGAAGUAGAGGAGUUAAGAACUUGGUUUGGCUCCACAUCUAGUGAAGGCAACUAGACUUGGAAUGGCAGAUUAAAUAUGAAAAUAACUAUUCUUUAAUAUUGGUAUAAGUUGAAUGUUUGGUUCUUUUUUGAAUUUUUGUUAACCGUUGUGGCUCCCAAUCUGCAAAUAUGUCUUUCACACACAUUCUCCUUCUCAUGAUGUCUAGGUUACAGCUUUGUUGCCUGAUUUAUUUGUAUGCCUUUUGCCUUCUUCCAAUGUCGCAUAUUGUGGUGACUCUUUCUUUAUCUCGUUUAGAAGCCUGUGUGAUAUGGAUGAUAGCUAUAGAGAGCCGAUUGUAGCAAAUCCAUCUAUUUCCGUUAUUGCUUUAUAUGGACAUUUAAAUUGCCUCUGCAGAAACAGAACUGAACUUUUAAGUUUAUGUUGACUUGCAGUUAUGAGUGAGCCAAAGAUUUUAUGUUGUCGUAUCGUGUAAAAAGGUGGAAUAUGAAUGUUUAGGCAAUCAGUUCUGAAAAGUCCCAUGCUCAAAGCCUGUAAUAUGUUUUGUGGGAUAGAACUUUUUAGGAGUAGGCUUCUUAUCUGAACUGAUACCUUUUGUUAUCAUAAGACUAUCGUACUGGAUUUUAGAAUUAGUUAUUCAGAUUGACACUGCUGUUAAGUAUGCGUUAAAGGUCUGGGAACAAACUUUGCACACUACUAUUUCAACUGCUGUGUGGCUUAAAAACGUUACCCAAGAUGGGAAGCAGUUUAGGUCAUAUGAGACCAGCGGUGAAGAUUUUGAAAGACAAGCCAUUGUAGCCAUUACCAAUGUCAUCUUAGAGUUAUGGAUUCUAGUGAGUUUUUUGGAGCCACUGCUUGUGUAGAACCCUGCCCUUUUAACUAUUUUCGGUAACAUGGGCAAAUAACCCUAGUACUAUUAGCACUUUACGCAGAUAAUUUUGGUAACUGAUUAUCAAAAUAUUUUUGUUGAAAAUGCAGGGCUGUGCACACAUAUCAGGUAGAGAGUACUGGUCCUGAAUUAAUUGUCGCUAUCAUAUUAUUAUUUUGAUUAGACUUCUAUUUGCGUUGUGCUCAACUAUUUUGAUUGGACUUGACACAACAACUUUAGAAAUUGUUUCAUAAACGUGGUAGAGUAGCUUUCUGGUAUUGCAUGUAUUGCUUUUGUCCGAUUCUAUCAUGAUUGGAUAACAAAUGCAUCUGGAUGUUUGCUUGGCUAAAGUGAUGGAUAAUCGUAGCUUUCAUCCUUCUAUUCUUGAAGUGACUAUUCUUCCUUCCUUCCUUUUCAGGGAGUAAUAUGUGGGUUUUCUUCCAUGGAAGGCUAGAAACAAGAGAGUAUUUUCUACAGGGCUUCAUAAGAG